ACGUCCAGCAGCUGGUGGUGGUUGAAGAAGAGGUUCCCCCUGCGCAGCAGGAGUGGAGCUCCAGUCUGGAUCGGGAGGACCCAGAGCCCCCCCCACACAUUAAAGAGGAACAGGAGGAACUCUGGAGCAGUCAGGAGGGAGAGCAGCUUCAAGGGCUGGAGGAGGCUAAUAUCACCAAGUCCACAUUCACUCCUGUCCCUGUGAAGAGUGAAGAUGAUGAAGAGAAACCUCAGUCCUCUCAGCUUCAUCAAAGACAAACUGAACACCUGGAAACAGAAGCUGAUGGAGAGGAACAUUUCCAUUUACAACCAGAGACUGAGGACAACCCUGGAGACUCUUCUGAACCUGACACUGAAGACAGGGCUGAUUGGAAGAAGACGAGAGAACCAGGUUCAAACUCUCAGAAAAAUAAACAAGACCCUGUCUGUGAUUCAAGACGUAGUGCAGGAGAGAAAUCAUUCAGCUUCUCAGUCUGUGAGAGAACUUUUGCACAGACAGGAAAUGUAAAGAAACACAUGAGAAUCCACACAGGGGAGAAACCAUUCAGCUGCUCAAUUUGUAAGAAACAUUUUGCACAGAGAGGAAAUUUAAAGAAACACAUGAGAAUCCACACAGGAGAGAAACCAUUCAGCUGCUCAAUUUGUAAGAAACAUUUUGCACAGAGAGGAAAUUUAAAGGACCACAUGAGAAUCCACACAGGAGAGAAACCAUUCAUCUGCUCAAUUUGUAAGAAAUCUUUUGGACAGAAAGGAGAUUUAAAGAAACACAUGAGAGUCCACACAGGAGAGAAACCAUUCAGCUGCUCAAUUUGUAAGAAAUCUUUUGGACGGAGAGGAGAUUUAAACUACCACAUGAGAAGCCACACAGGAGAGAAACCAUUCAGCUGCUCAAUUUGUAAGAAACAUUUUGCACAUACAAGACAUUUAAAGUACCACAUGAGAAUCCACACAGGAGAGGAACCAUUCAGCUGCUCUAUUUGUAAGACAUCUUUUGGACAGAGAGGACAUUUAAAGUACCACCUGAGAAUCCACACAGGAGAGAAACCAUUCAGCUGCAGUGUUUGUGACCAAAGAUUCACCCGGAGAUAUCUGGUCAAAAUCCAUAAGUGUGUUGGUCGUCAGUCCUCACAGCUUCAUCAAACUCAAACUGAGGAGAUCAGAGAGGCAGAGCCUCCAGCCAGCAUCUCAGCUGAACACCUGGAAACAGAAGCUGAUGGAGAGGACUGUGGAGGACCAGAACCAGCCAGGAACUCAGAUCCAGAGAGACAUUUACAACCAGAAACUGACCCUGAAGACCGUGAUUAUUGUUAGGUUCAAACUCUUUGAGGUAGUCCCAGUAAAUGUGUAUAACGCGAUACCUGCUCGAAAUGUGUUAAAACAUCAUUGCUCUAAGUCAAGUCUGAAUGUGCAUUAAAACAAAUAUUAAGCACAGAAACAAGUCCAUUGUGCUCUAAUGACACAAAAGUAACCAACACUUAUGGCGACACUGACAGAGAACCAGAGCCAGCCUAGAACAUGACUUUAGCUUCUCCUGAUCCUGAAAUCAGUGGUGAUUGGAAAGAUCUGUUAUUCCGGUUAAACACUCUAAACCAGUGGUUCUCAACUGGUCAGGCCUCGGGACGCACUUUUUUUCCUUUGUCAAUAAAUCGCGACCCGACAUUUGCUUAUUUGCUUAUUUGCUUUUCAGCAGAGAAAAUCAAUUAAAGUGAAGUA